GGUAUACAUGUUUCUCGACUGCGUGGGACGCUUCGGGGGUUGAAGUUAGUUCACUGUCGGGAAAGAACAGUUCACUGUCACGCAAGCGCGCCAGUACACUGAUACACCAUUAAUCGCCAUGGCAGCUGCUGUUGAAUCCAUCAGCUGGACAGUCGGCAACAACGUUAAGCUGCGAACUGCGCAAGGCGAGGAGGUGUCAGGGCAAGUUUUCGCGUAUGAUCAGCCCAGCAGCCUUCUGGUGCUGAAAGAGGUCGGAGCACACUCUGGAGUAAACAAUAUCCGCAUAAUAAAGACCAGCGGCGUCCAGGCGGUCAUUUCAGAUGCAAAGCCCGACCUGCCAUUUGAUAUGGAGCUGCCUGCCGUGGACUUGGAACGAUGCCGGAAACGCGAGGAGAAGGCACUGCAGCAGGCGGAGUUCGAUUCCUCGCGCGUCGGCGAGGGCGUGACCAAAGAGGCGCAAGCCAUCUUUGAGAGCCUCGCGAAGACGAUGCCCUGCGUCUGGCGCGGCAAGACCAUCAUCGUGCUGGACUCGGUGUCGGUGGAGGACCCCUACACGCCCGACGCCACGCACUCGGACGCCGACCACACCGCCACGCGCGACCGAGUGCGCAUGGUGCUGCACCGCGAGCGCGAGCGCCUGGGCCUGUCGGGGAACUAGGCGGCGGCUGGGACGGCAGGGGCGGCAGGGGCGGAGGGGGAGGGCGGCUGCGCCGCGCAGGCCGAGUCGAGGCCAAGGCGUCCCGUGUGCGGAGCUGCAAGCUGGAGCCGGCGGCUGGCGGCUGUGGAGCUUUGAAGCUGUGGAUGCAGAGAAGGUGGCGGCACCUAGCUUGCCGGGCCUUUGCCAUGCAGCCGGCGCAGCCGAGGCGCAGCGUUGCCAUGUGCGGCGCUGCUUGCGCGCAGUACGCAGUAUGCAUCAUGCCGGGGAACGCCGUGCGACGCCGUGCGUGGAGUGGGGAUGGUCCCCAGGCUGUGCAUCCAGCGGCUGCCGGGGCGGCUGCAGCCGGCGACUGUUGCUGCCCCCGCACCGACCGUGUGCUUGGCGUGCGUGGCCGGGUGGUUUGUCUGCAAGGCACAGGGCCAGCAGCGGCUUGCAGCUGGAUGCAUGCCGACCGCCCGCAGACGUCUUUGGGACUGAGGAUUGGGGGCACACGGCGCUGGUAAGGCACAGCUGUGGACUGUGGGCGGCCGCAGGCGGCUGUGGCGGGACUGCAGCGGACUGGGGUUGGGGGUUCGGCAGAGGGAUGGGGCGCCUGCGCGGGGCAGGAGCGCAAGUGUGAAUGAUAUAUCAUGUUAUCGACGAUGCUUUGAACGAUAACAAUGCGAAACCGAGAAAGCAAGCGACGAUUUCGGGCGGUUGCGGCCACGAAUUGUAUCCGCUAUGGGUCACUGGUCGGUCUGCGGGGGCUUGUGCCUCUGUGGUGUGCACAGACCCAGCUGGCGGCAUGCAAACAUAUACGUUAUGUGGGAAUGUCGCUGGGAAAGAGAGCGGCUGUUGACGAGCGCUGCUGGUCGGAUUGGGCAGAACAGGGGCGUGCUGAGAGGCGUGGGGCUGACUGAUCAUGGUUGUUCCCUCGGACUUGUUGGACGCGUAACCACGCCAAGUGGCACACAGGGCGGAGCAGGAGGCAUGCAUUCCUAGUGUACACCUGAGUUUGGACUUGGGACACGGCAGGUCGCAUGGAGUGCUCGGGAUGCAAUGGAUUUGGCACGUGGCACAGGUGUCCCGCAAUGGCACCUGGCCUUUGGAGCUUCGGGAAGACUGAGUUGGACUUGCGGCGUCGGCCAGCUUCUGCGCUGCUGCGCGCACGCUGUGCACCUGCCAUGGGUACGGCGGGUACUGGUGCGACCGGCACCCUUCAGCAGCUGCAGGCGCGACUGCUUUGCUCUGCAAGCGAUGUAUCCACUGGGGCUAUACCGGCACAGCGCUGCGACAGGACUUCUGCGUGCCGUAGUGGUGAAUGUGUAUGAACGAAGGAUGCCCAUGGGCGCAAAGCGCAACCAGUGCAGCUGGCGAGUUUGACUGAAUGGGUGGCGGCGCCAGCGGGAGGAGACUGGGGUGCCGCCGUGUGGGUAGAUGUGUGUAAGGAUGCACUAUGUGUGUGUGUGUGUGUGUUACAGGAUUGGAAGUGUGCAUUCCUAAUACCUGCAACG